UGAAUCUUUAAAUGGGUGGGACUAUUUUACUCUAAUCAACAUGGCUGACCAAAACACCGACUUUACUUGUCAAAAGAAUACCACAGAAAUGAAGUUUGUUUGAACUAUAUAAGAUAAUAUUGGAGUGUCUAUUCAACAGAUGGUAUAGAAAACUUAAUAUCUGAAAGUAAAGUUGCUAACAAUACUGACACAGAAAGACUUUUCGCUAUACUUCCUACCGUUGUUCUGUGGGUGACUCAUCUCCGAGAUAUCGGUCAUGGAAUAAUAAAUGAAGUGAGAUAAUGAAGGAAAACCAAAAACAAUGCCAACUGUCAAAGUCGAAAAAAUCUGAGUAAUUAGUGAUGUGAAGCACAACGUCCGGAUGCCAGCAGCAACCAUGAAUGAAGAAGGUCAACAAGUCGUUGUUGCAAAAUAUGACUACAAGGCCGAAAAUGCACAGGAACUAGAUAUAAGGAAACAUGAAAAGCUGGUCUUGUUAGAUGACACUAGGGAAUGGUGGAAGGUGCAAAACAAUCGUAACAAAUCGGGAUUCGUUCCCUCAAAUUAUGUUAAAAAGUCCAAACCUUCAAAGAUUUUCUCUAGUCUCAGAGCAACUCUUGGAAGAAGAAAUAAAAGUGAUACAAAAUUAACUUCUCAUAGUCCUAUAGUGAGCCGCAAUGGAGAUACAGGAAGUGAUCAAAAUAGUGUGAGUAGUGACGUUACGAUUUGUGAUCCUCAGCCUUCCAUUGUCAAAUUUAAUUAUACUCCUCAGAGGCCAGAUGAAUUAGGAUUGACCAAAGCUGAACAAGUGACAGUGUUAGAAAAGUCAAUUGAUGGGUGGUGGAAGGGUCGUAAGAAGGAUAAUAGUACAGGAUGGUUUCCUUCAAAUUAUGUUGACAUUAUUGAAGAACAAAAUGAAAAUAGUUGUCCCGUGGAGUAUUCAACAGCAGCAAUGUUGGAACCUCGAAUUCAAGAGCAAGAAACUGUUGUUGCCCUUUAUGCAUUUACUGGUACGCAACCAGAGGAACUGGCGUUUGAAAAAGGAGAGCGACUUGUGAUUUUAGAAAAACCGUCAGAGGACCCUGAUUGGUGGCGUGCUCAGAAUGAACGUGGAUUAGUCGGGCUGGUCCCACAAAAUUAUGUUCAGGUUUUAGAAGACUGUGAAACUGCCAAUAGCCACAGUUCUUCAACACCACAGUCCCAAUCAACAAGUAGUCUAUCGAACACUUCUAAUCUCUCAGUUGUCGGUCCUGGAAGUAGAAAACAGUUUCGUGUUUCUGGUCCACUCGCAGAUAAAGACUGGUAUUAUGGCAAAAUAACACGACAAGAGUGCGAGGAACUUUUGAAAAAGUUUGCUAAUGAAGGAGAUUUCAUUAUACGUGAUAGUGAAUCUGCAAGUGGAAACUUUACAGUCGUUUUAAAAGCUGCCGAAAGGAACAAGCAUUUUCGUGUGAAUGUGAACGAUGAACAGUACCAGAUAGGUCAACAAAAAUUCUCGUCACUUGACCAUCUAAUAGAGCAUUACAAGAAACAUCCUAUCUUUAAACAGGAGAAUGAAAAGUUGUAUUUAGUCAAACCAUUCAUUAUGCCGUCAGAAUUCUGACGGUACAUUAUUACUGUAUUUAUGAAGCAUUUUUUUGAAUUUUUUGAAUUAAUUAUUAAGUGCAAAAGUAUUGAUCAAUCAUAGCAUCUUAAUCAUUGUUCUAAUUUGUUGUUGAGAUUUUAACCCCUACAUGAGAAUCAGUUCGAAAACUUUUAACCUCAGAAACUUGCAUGUAAAUUUUUAUAUUUUCUGUUGCAUCAUUUAAAGCAUUUUGAAUCAACAAAGUUAAUAUGAUUAAUAAGUUGAUGGUAUAUUAACAUAGGAGUAAGUUCUGCAAAUGUAACUGUUAUCAUUAUGAUUUUGUUUUUUUCAUAUUUUUUCUCUUUCUCAUCUUUAUCUGUUUACCUGUUGAAAUAAAAAUCCCUAUGACAAGAUUUAAGUAAAACUGCAGUUUUUGUAAGAUGAAACAUGCACUGAACCACUAAUUUUGAAAGCUUACAUUUUGUUUAUUUCCCCUUUUUAAGAGCAGUCUAAUAAUGGAAGGAUUAUGUGUUUUUUGUUGUUUUUUUUACAAAAUUCCUGUCAAACACUGACAACCAAUGACUUGUGUAAUGUCACAGCUACAUGUUACAUUAUGUAUUUUCAGUCUUCAUCCUUCUGUUUAUUCUUUCAAUAUCAGGUUAAAGUUUUAGUCACUGCGGAUUCAUUUAUUUUUGUGGGUACCAAUUUUCAUGAAUUAUGGAAAACUCAAAUUUUCGUGGAUAUUCAAUUUCAUGGUUUUGCUGAACUCUGCAUACAAGCCUAUAGGAAAUUUUUCAUUUGUUGAAAACUCAAUUUCUUGGUUUUCCUACACCCAUGAAAUCCUCUAACAUUGGUAUCUAAAGACUUAUAAUGAAUCCACAGUAGGUAGUUAAUUAUGAAAGUGUUGGUCACAUCAACAUUAUACUUAGAACACAUGUCCAUUAUAUAUGAUGUGAACUGUUACUAUUACAAAAAGUGGUUUUAAUAACUAAAAUUUUGAAGAUUAGAAGAAUGAAAUGUAUUAGUGAGAGUGGGGCAUGCCAUGAUUGUGUCCUAUGGACAUAUUCUUGUUUUUAAUGCUAUGCAAUAUUCAAUGUUUGUACAAAGCACAAAAUUACAAAGGUUUCUGUUAAAGCUCUUGUUUCUCAGCACUUUAGAAUCUUGCUUGAGAAAGUGAAAGGGGGACGUGAUCCUUAAUAAACUGCAAGGAAAUAUAAAAUCACUUCUCACUGCAUCAGUAGAAUGCUAGAUUUAACUAGUUCCAGUAGUUUUCAUAUUAAAAUGGACUGUUUUUUUGUAGUUCAGGAAAUUAAUCAAUUUACCAACUCAAGUGAAGUUACAAGGGGAGAUAAUAUAAAGUGAUUAUCUCCCUUUGAUUCUACCAUUUUGGUUUCAAUCAGGGGAGGAUAAUUACUGAUACAACACAAUGGGUGGGAAAACUUUAAGAAGAAAACAUUUGAGAUUGUCCUUAUACUUAUCAUGCAAUUGGUUUAUAUCUUAAAUGUACAAUAUCAAAAUUGUCAUUUAUUGUCUGGAAACACUUUUGUUUAUCUCUUUACAGAGCUAAAAUUGUAGUAAAAUAUAUCAAAACAGGAAUUUUUGUAAACAAGAAAUAUGUCUAAGAUUUUGGUUUUAACAGGUUUCAUUAUAUUAUUUAUGUUCUACAUCAUGAUUCUUAUUGUGCAUACAAGUUUUAAAGGUUGUACAUUCAUAUUUGCUGUGCCUACCGUUUUAUCAGAAGAGUUUUUAGGGGGCUCAUCAAUUCAUUUAGUAAAAUCUUAAUCUCUUGAUAAUUUUACCAGCAAUAUCCUCAAAAAGAUAUUUAAUUUAAAGAUUUGUACUGUUAUUGUGUAAAAGUAAUAUUUAUAUUUAAUAUUGUUUUGAUUGAUGUACCAGUAAAAUUCAUUAAAACAGUUAUCAUUGGUGCAUUGGUUUUCAAUAUAAAUAUAUGAAAUAUACUUUAAAAAAGUAAACAUUUUUGCCAACCCUUUUAUCCACUCUUUCAUUUACUUAACAGGUUUUUGAAGAUAGACAUAUUUUAGCUUAGUUUGCCACAAUUCAUUCUUUCAUUAAUUUAUUUGCCAGUUUGUCCAUAAUAUGCAUAUUUCAGCUUUCUUUACCAUAAAUCCUCAAAUCCAUUCAUUUUACUUGCCUGUUGGUUGAUUAAACAAAUAUUCCAGCUAAUAAAUAUAAAUUAUUUGAAGGUAGAGUUCAUGUACUUUUUUCGUGGUAUAUAAAUUUUCUUUGGUCUCAGCAAAAUUAUGUCUUUAAUGCUGUUAAUUAUGAGUACAAAUUUUGCAAUUUUUUAUGAUUCGCAUUUUUGAUUUAUUGUCCAUAAUCAAAGCCUAUCUGAUAUGAGUUGUAUUAAAAAUCAAAUUCCACUUGUUGACAUUUUGCAAAACAGUAAUUCUAAUACAAUGUAUAUGAUUCACAUUUAUUCUCAACAUUUAACAGGACCAAAAGACAGUUAAACAGUGAUUCUUGCAUGAAGGACAUAUUACCUAUCUGAGUGCAUGAUUAAUCACAAAACACUAUUUAUUAACCAUUAAUUGCAAGUUUUGAAGAAAGAAAAAGGUUUAACAAGUUUAAAGGGCCAAACUUACAAAUUUUAUUACUAGUUUAUUUAAAUUCCUGAAAAAAAACUCAUCUUUUAAUAAGAAUGGAAAGUGAUGCUCCUGACAAAUUUAGAAAUGAAUACAGAUAUUUUUUUUUAACAAGAAUGGUUUAAAUAUAAAGUGUAAAAGUUUUUUCUAUACAAGAAGUUUAUUGGUGAAGUUUUACCUGCCAUAAUAAUAGUAUUGUUUUAUGAUAUAUUAUAGGUUGUAAUCCAGUUAAAUACUACUUAUCAUGUUUAUAAUAGUUAAAAUGAUGAAGGUUGUCUCUCCCCACUUUGUAUUUCAUAAUGUAAAUGCCAAAUUUCUACAUACACUUAUUACAGCUCUCCAGUCAUCACAACUGGUCUGAACCCUUUCAAAUUUGUGUUAUAUUAAGUCUACAAGUCACUUUUCAGACAUUUAAAAAGAUGAAUUUGCUGUAAUAAAAUGCAUGUAGUAAGUCUGAAAAAUUUCUCCAUUUACUGUUGAAUUUUUAUUUCAGAUAUUGAAAUGAACAUAAUCAUAAUUUUUUGGAAAAAAAGAUAAAUCAUAAGACUUAUUAAUGAAAAAGUUAUUGAUAGUGCUUUCAGGGAUUUAAGGUUGAAAAACUUACAUGAAGUUUGUGUCUCUUGUGUCAAGGGACUGGCAUGAUUCAUAUUAUUGUGCUAAUUUUAUUUACAUGUUUUGAUUUAGAAGCCUAUAGAAGUAUCAUGCAUUAAAAAAUGUUUCAUAUAUUGUCGUCCAUUGACAGUUGAUAAUUUUGCUUCAAGUAGUCCCGUGAAAAUUGAGGAAGACCUCUUAUAUGACAUUAGAAUAUAACAGGGUUAUGAAUAUAAAAAAGAAUAUGUGGUAUGUUUUUGUUUCUGGCUAAUAUCUCUUACAAAUCUAAAAAUAGAUUAUAUUUUCAUUAAUCUUACAAAUCUAAAAACAGAUUGUAUUUUCAUUAAUGAAUAGAUGUUUGUAUUAUUUUAAAUCCAACAUUAUGCAAUGGUAACUAAUUAUAAAGGUGGUAACAGUAGUUUAAGAAUCCAGCAAUAGUUAAGCAUGCACAACACAGUUGUAAAGUUCAUAGGUUGUCCUGUAGCAUGUUACUUACCCGGUUAUAUAUACAUUACAAAAUUGAUCUUCCCUUGCCAAGUUUGUUUUCUUUACAUUUAUACUAGAUAUUCAUAUAUAUCUUUUUAAAGUCAAUUUACUGAUUUCUAACAAUGCAACAAAGAAUUUUGUUCAAUCUAGAUUCAAAUUAGUUUUUAUGAUCUUUACUUGGAUGAUAGUCGUUCUGUGUUUAUUCAUAUGCCUAUUAAAAGUCAAAACAUUAUCAAUGGUUGUGUUAGGUCAUAUUUUGUUAUUUGGAGAGUUCAGUAUAAUGACAGAUCUUUGAUGGUUUUGUAUUAAAUUGCAUGUAUCUACAACUGUUUCAAGUUUAAUAUAUUGACCUAUAGGUGUCUAAUUGUUAAAUGUUACAUUCAGUUGCGUUUUUUUUUAUAUGACCGCAAAAUAUUAAACAAAUCCAAGGUCUUGAAAUGCUGUAUUUUUCUCCAGAUUUUUUUUUCCAUUGGUGAAAGAAACAUGUUCUUUUAUUUUGGAAUGUUUUGACAUAAUCCUGAUGUAUUCAUUGUUUUUGUUAACAAUUUUGUUUUAAAUUCAUGUAAUGUCUAAUAAUAUUCAUAGUAAGAGAGAUUCUCUCCAAAACAAUCUUGUUUUACUGUUAAUGAUAAAUCAUAUUUAUAAGAAUUGUUAUCUCAGUGCCUAUUUCAUAUUUUGCUGGAUUCUUAAAUUAAACUGGCCUAUUAUAACAAGCAAUAAGAACAAAAACUGCUUUUAUGCAGACGAUGAGUUAAAUUGAAUUUCAAACCAUAAAUGUACUUGAAAUUGAUAUCAUUUUGGUGGAACAGCUAAAUUCAGCUGAUUUUACCUUAGAUUUACAGGAGUUCUUUCCACCUGAGCAAAUAUGAUUUCAACAACUUGCCUUUCAGUCAUUAGCUUGACUCAGUACUUUGUGAACAAAAUUUGUGUUUGUAAAGUCAAAUGAAGUAUUUUGAUGGGUUGAUUUUUAGGUCUGAGUACAAUAAUUGUACUAAAAAUUUAAUGACUGUAAGGCUCAACCUUUUAGAAAACAAUUCUUGAUUUAAUAGAAUUGACUGCAUGCAAGAAAAUUUGUUAACAGUUUUCAGUUGUAAUACUAGUCUAUAUUUACUACAGUUAUACAGUUCUUACUUCACAGCAAAAGUAUAUUUGUUUUUGAAUAAACAUGUUUAAAGAAAGUA